GGGUGACACAACCAGCCGUGUGGACAGGAGUUCAUCUAGCGCUACCGCUAUGCCGGACCGCGCGGCGGGGGCGCAGAUGUCUUCCUCCAGUAGCUCGCGCGCAGCGGGUGGCCAUCUUCAUCAUCAUCAUCAUCAAGGGUGCGCAACUUCUACUUCCACUGCUGGUACAAGGUGGAAUGUGAAAAAAAUCUAUGCGAAAAUAAACGGCAAAAGACACAAAGCAGCACUCCGAUACUCGCCACCUUCCAUGCUGCCAGCGAAGCAGAUAACUACAGGGACAGCCACUGCGUCGGGCGGAGAAGAGGGACAACUGAAGAUAAAGCGACAAAAAGGCGGACUGGUUUAUGACAAGAUUCUCAAACGUAAUGUAAGUACCUGUUAUCGAUGACUUUUCAUGCAAUAGAACCACGAUAAAGAUAAUUUUAAUUUAUCGACCAAGCUGCUUCGCAUGACCAAUUCCCGAAGCGCUAAACAGCAUGAAAAGCCGCAACAAAUCUGUAAUGCAAGACACGCAAACUCUAGCUCGCCGCUUUCACUGCUGCGCCUCAUGCGUCGCAAAAACAUGGACUGUCACGCUUGAGAGCUCCAUAUAGUUCCCCGAAAGAAGGUCAGCACGGGGGCCGCGGCGCGCAAAGCGCUGGAUUUUGUGUACGGUGGUGGAAUUAUUACUUCCAGUAGAACGGAUCAUGUGGAAGAUACAACAUCAACUGCGAGAAAGAACAUUAGACAAGCAGACGAUAAGGAAG